AUGAAUAAACAGGUGCUAAGAAUUUAGUAGAAUACCCAUAAAAUUAGUGAUUUCACAUUCGUGCCAUGAAAAACGAGUAACUACAGAUUACGUACAGAGAUCUUCCUCAUUUUUCAUUCCGUGUUUUUAUUUCUCUCCCAGCUGUGCCCUCUUUCGGCCAUUAGAGGAAGCCAGAGAGCUACAGAUGGAGUAACUGGAAAAGCAGCCACCAGGUCUUUUAAGGUUGGUUCCAAAAAUGGACGGCAGGGGAAAUGGAUUCUCUUUCCGUGCCACAGAAAUAGCAAAGCAGUGAGGCAGAAACACACUCUAGCAAUCUAG